AUGCCUUUCGGUAACACCCACAACCUGCUGAAGAUGAACUACUCCGCGGAGCAGGAGUACCCGGACCUCACCAAGCAUAAUAAUCAUAUGGCUAAAGUGUUGACUCCUGAGAUGUAUGCAGCCCUGCGGGACAAACAAACGCCCAGUGGAUUUACCUUGGAUGACGUAAUUCAAACUGGGGUUGAUAACCCAGGUCACCCAUUCAUUAUGACCGUCGGCUGCGUUGCUGGAGAUGAGGAGACAUAUGAUGUGUUCAAGGACCUUCUAGACCCUGUAAUUGAAGACCGCCAUGGUGGAUACAAGCCCACAGACAAACACAAGACUGACCUGAACCCAGAAAACCUUCAGGUAUACCCUCACUCUACGCUUAAACCAACCCUGUUCAUUACAGGUGGAGAUGACCUUGACCCCAACUACGUUCUGAGCUCCAGAGUGCGAACUGGCAGGAGCAUCCGCGGCUUCUGUCUACCACCUCACUGCAGCCGCGGGGAGAGACGUGCCAUUGAGAACCUGUCUAUUGAGAGUUUGAAUGUUCUGGAUGGUGAAUUUAAAGGGAAAUAUUAUGCCUUGAAGAAUAUGACUGAGGAAGAGCAACAGCAGCUGAUUGAUGAUCACUUCCUGUUUGACAAGCCUGUGUCCCCACUGCUGUUGGCAUCUGGUAUGGCUCGUGAUUGGCCUGAUGCCAGAGGGAUCUGGCAUAAUGACGACAAGACAUUCCUAGUGUGGGUGAAUGAGGAGGAUCACCUCCGUGUUAUCUCCAUGCAGAAAGGUGGCAAUAUGAGGGAAGUCUUCACUCGCUUCUGCACAGGCCUGACAAAGAUUGAGGCUUUGUUCAAAGAGAGGGGUCAUGAAUUCAUGUGGAACGAGCACCUGGGUUAUGUUCUCACCUGUCCCUCCAACCUGGGCACAGGGCUACGUGGUGGUGUCCAUGUUAAACUGCCAAACGUCAGCAAACAUGAGAAGUUUGGUGAGAUCCUGAAGAGGCUGAGGCUCCAGAAGCGUGGAACAGGUGGAGUAGACACCGCCGCGGUGGGUGGUGUGUUUGACAUCUCUAAUGCAGACCGCCUGGGCUUCUCCGAGGUGGAGCUGGUUCAGAUGGUGGUAGAUGGCGUGAAACUUCUUAUCGAAAUGGAGAAACGCCUGGAGGCCGGCGAGUCGAUUGACGACCUCAUGCCCGACCAGAAGUGAACUCUGUUCGCGACCUCCUCCCUGACUUAACUGACCACCUCCUCCCCCAGUAUCCCUCCACCAGACCCCUCCCCCACCUCAAAAACCAAUAAUCUUAACUACAUGAAAGGAAUACACUCGGCCCAAUCGUUAGUGGCA